UUUUAGAAUUUACUGUAAAACGUAGUUGUUAUUUGCUCAGUGAAUUAAUGUUGAAAAAUCUUUAAAAGAGGAACUUCGAAUAACAAUGGAUAAACCUCUAACUGAAGAAGAUUUGGUGGCAAUGGAGCAGCAACUUAAGAAUAGUGUGGAAGAAGACAGAAGAUAUUGGCAAGUAAACAGCGUCAAGUGCGACGCUAUACACACUGCCAAAACUUAUGAAGAAUUCGCAGAUCGUGUAGCUGCAGCUCAUUUACGUCCAUUGGAGAAAAGUGAUUAUAAAAAGAAGAACUCCAGAGGAUGGAACCAGUAUGCACGCAGAGACAAGGAUGACGAAUAGAUUUUAAUAAAUAAAACUCAAUUGUUUUGACCCUAUAGUAUUUUCACAUAAAUUUUAUGUGAGUUUAAAGAUAAAUUGUGUACGUCCUCGCGAUACUAUCUAGAUAAAAUAUCAUCUAUUGCCAUUUAGCUGUGAAAAAGUAAUACAAAAUAAAUUUAAUAAUAAUAUAAUAAAUUCUCUGGACAAGUCACACAGUGUCAUCUAGUCCCAAGAUUAGAACAGACUAUUGUAUAUUCAAAUAAACUUACAUUG